AAAACUCAUGCGGAUCCAGAAAAAAAAGCAAAUAAUGUUGGAUCUCGAUAUCAGUUAUAAUGCCGACAUAAAGGUGGAUGCUGGUUUUACGGAAAAAACCCCCAUAGCCGGCAUCAAAUCUAUAAAGCUGGAGGGAAUCUUGCGGGUAAUUUUGGCACCGCUGAUAGAGGACUCACCCAUAUUUGGAGCACUGACCGUUUAUUUCCCUCACCGUCCGGUAUUGGAACUACAAUGGACCGGAUUUGCCCACCUACUGAAUAUUCCUGGACUUCAAACGCUGUCGGAAAAAGAGCUUAUGAACCAAAUCGGACAGAUCAUCAUUGCGCCGCAGCAUUUCAGCCAUCCCCUUGCAGCCAGAUUUGAUUUGGCUAAGCUGCAGUUUUUAGAACCCUGGGUAAGGCCUAGUUUGUAUUUUAUAGCCUUCCUGCUUCCCUGUAGAGAGUCAAAGGGGCAAAUUCACUAAGAUUCGUUGUUGCGCCAGUGUCCACUUCGCCGCACUUUGCCAGGCGUAUUUUUGCCAGCGCUACGCAAAUUCACUAAAAUCCGAAGUUGC